GUGAGAACAGGUAGUGCGAGUUGAGGUUGAAGCAGGCAGUCAUGAGAACCGCCACGUCUAUCAGUUUCUCAGUUCUGGGUCUUUCAGUGCUGUGGCUGAUGAAGAACUCGCUGGCUGUUAGCGUCACUGGAUCCGUGGGAAGCAACAUCUCAGUCUCCUGCAGCUAUCCUGAAACCUAUCAGAACAACAGCAAGUACUUCUGCCAGAUGAGCGGCGCGUCAGCUCCAGGAGAUCUUCAGUGUGUUCACAUCACCAGACCAGAGACCAGGUCUGAACGAGGGAGACUGGCUCUGCUGGAUGACACCGGAGCUCAAGUUCUUACAGCAAACAUCUCUGGACUGGCUCCAGAAGACUCGGGGAAGUACUGGUGUGGUGUAGAUAUCGCUCUGCUGCCGGAUUUCACCUCAGAGAUCUGGAUAACAGUCACUAAAGAGCAUCCACGAGAGCAAACCACAGACCCGUUUGCGGAAGAGCCUGGCGUGUCUUACUCGAGGUUCAUGAUCAUGGUGGUCGUGGUGUGUCUUGGCGCCCUGUUUUUCGUGUGCCUCUUCCCUCUGUUUCUAGUCCUCAAACACAAAAGCAGUUUUGUUCUCGGCCGCGUCAGGACUUUGUCAAACCCAGAUGGGCACCAGAGAACACACCGUGACCUUCCAGACUUACCUGAAGUUCAAAGUGAAAAAGAGGAGCUUUAUAGAGCCACGAACCCAGAUUAUACAAACACAGAACCGACUGACUACGCUGAUGUUGUUUCAGCACAAACCAAAGAUCAGGUCUACACAGAACUGGACAGAAAUAGACAGAGUCACGUGUAUCAGAGUCUCACAGCUGAUCCUCUACAAGAGUCCAUAUAUCACACUCUUGAUCAGACGAAAGGCUGAAUCGGCCAAUCAGAAUCCUAGUUACAAGCAUCCAAACUUUGUGUUGCUUUCAUAAAAUCAGCUUAAAAAAGUAUUUACUUAAUAAUAUACAGAAAUACUAUUCCGAUUAUCACCGAUUAUGCUUUGAAUUUUCAGCUGUAUUUUUUGUCUUGCUGUCCAGUAAAAAUAUUGAAAUCUUUUGAAAACAAGUUUAAUUUGCAUUUACUUAACAUUGACUUCAAAUGAACCAAUUCACUGUAC